UUUACAACUAUACUGUUUUUGUUUGAAAAUCUUAUUCCAAGCUAUGAUGAGUUACACUCCUAGUUUUCAUUCGCUACUCCUUUGGCUUGUUAUGUUUUUUGUCUUUAUGAUUAUUAAAUCCCUAAGAUAUCACUUGGUGAAUAUGAAGCCAAAAAUACCAAAAUUGCCACCAGGUCCCAAACCAUGGCCUAUUGUUGGCAAUCUUCCUGAAAUGCUUGCAAGCAAAUCUCCAACUGAGUGGAUACACAAAACCAUGGAAGAAUUCAACACUGAUAUAGCAUGUAUUCGCCUGGGAAAUGUCCAUGUUAUCCCAGUUACAUGUCCAACCAUUGCUCGUGAAUUCUUGAGAAAAUAUGAUGCUGAUUUUGCAUCAAGACCAAUAAGCAUGGCAACUGAUUUCAUCUCCAAUGGACACUUAACCACAGUUCUUGUACCCUUAGGAGAACAGUGGAAAAAGAUGAAGAAAAUCAUUGCUAAUGAUUUGUUCUCACCACUCAGGCAUCAAUGGCUUCAAGAUAAAAGAAACGAAGAAGCCGAUAAUCUAAUGUUUUAUGUGUACAACAAAUGCAACAAUGGUGAACUUGUGAAUGUUAGAAUUGCAACACAACAUUAUUGUGGAAAUAUUUAUAGGAAAAUGUUUUUUAAUACAAGAUACUUUGGAAAUGGAAUGAAAGAUGGAGGGCCUGGUGUUGAAGAAAAAGAACAUGUUGAUGCUGUUUUUGUUUUGCUUAAUCAUGUUUAUGCUUUCUCUGCGUCCGAUUAUAUUCCAUGGUUGAGGUUAUUUGAUUUAGAUGGACAUAAAGGCAUGGUAAAAGAUGCAUUGAAGAUAAUGAACAAGUAUCAUGAUUCUCUUAUUGAAGAGAGGAUCAAACAAUGGAAUGAUGGAUCAAAAAAUAUUGAAGAGGACUUGCUAGAUGUUUUGAUUUCAUUAAAAGAUGUCAACAAUAAUCCAUUAUUGACAAUUAAGGAAGUCAAAGCUCAAAUCAUUGAAUUGAUGAUGGCAAUGAUAGACAAUCCAUCAAACACAGUUGAAUGGACAUUGACCGAAAUGUUAAAUCAACCUGUUCUAUUUGAAAAAGCCAUAGAAGAAUUGGACAAUAUAGUUGGAAAAGAUAGGUUGGUCCAAGAAUCAGAUAUUCCUAAUCUCAAAUUCUUGAAGGCCUGUGCAAGAGAAGCUUUUCGCCUCCAUCCCAUGUUUGCUUUCAAUCCUCCCCAUCUUUCUACGAAUGAUACAAGAGUUGGAAAUUUCUUGAUACCAAAAGGUAGUCAUGUAUUGCUUGGAAGAACUGGUCUUGGAAGAAAUCCAAAAGUUUGGACUGAACCUUACAAAUUUCAACCAGAACGUCAUCUCAAGAAUGAUGGAUAUGAUAUAUCUUUGACAGAGCCAAAUUUAAAGUUCAUAUCUUUUAGUACGGGAAGACGUGGUUGUCCUGGUGUCAAACUUGGCACUACAAUGACUAUUCUUUUAUUAGCUAGGUUGCUCCAUGGCUUCACUUGGAAUGCACAUCCCAAUAUAUCAAAAAUCAAUCUUGUCGAGUCCAAAGGUGUUAUGUUUCUUGAUGAGCCAUUAACAAUUGUAGCAAAGCCUCGGUUAAAAAUAGAUUUGUAUUGUUUUUAAAGGGACUGAGUUUCCCUGCCGUCAUUAAAUCACACAUUCAUGCAGUACUAGUCAUUAAACGAUUUAAACAU